CUAUUUACCCUCUUUUUUUUCGAACAAUUAAAGUUCAAAUUGCAUGCAAAAAGAAUGAGUAUUAGUUGUUGUAACAUCAAGAAUGUAUGUUCAAGCUAACAUCAAAUUCACUUAUUUUCUUCAUUACCAGCAAAAAAAAAACCUGCAGGCUUGAAUCAAACUGUUAGUAAUUUUCUCACCAUGUCUUUGUUAAUUGUUGUUCUAACGGCGGUUCUGGUCUCGUCUUCCGCCGCCACCGCCGCAAAUCCGACAAGUCAAGACAUCGUCGCGGCCACUCAAGAGAUGCAGAAAGCCAACUACUUCACCUUCGUGAUGCUCGUGAAAAUGGCCGCCCCUUCCAACACGAUCCCAAACGACGUCACUUUCCUGAUGCCCAACGACCGGGCGCUGUCGAACAUCACCGACGUUUCCGAGACGACGGUGGUCGAUUUCCUGCUCCGCCACUCGAUCCCGACGGCUCUUCUCAUCGACCACCUUGAGCACUUCCCGACUGGAUCCAUGAUCCCGGCGUCGAAGGCCGGGUUCAUGUUUAACGUCACUAACGAAGGGAGGCGGCGGAUUUACCUCAACAAUGUUCGAAUAAUUAGCCCUAAUAUAUGCACCGGUGGAUAUUCGAUACGGUGCCAUGGAAUAGAUGGAGUGGUGCAACCGCAACCGCAACGUGUUACGGUUACUCAGCCACCGGCAGUUACUUGUUCUAACGGCACCACUCCACCGGCGGAUCCACCGGUCGGAGGAUCUGACGUGGCUCCGCCGGUACCGUCGAAUCGUGUGCCAGUUAAAUCCGGCUGCCGCCGUGAGAUGGGCGGUGCAGGGGUUAUUGUGACAACACUCUUUACGUUGGCGUUGGUGAAACUGUGGAUGUGAUCAUGUCUACUAUAGUUUUGAUAAAUUGCGUAUUUGCCCAAAAAGUUUUUUGAGUUUUAAGUUUUAAAUCAAAUUAUGGCGUUAAUGCAACUUGUGUAAUCAAAUAGUAUAAAAAUUAAUUUAUAAAUAUAUUUUGUUAUUUUAUAAUUCUUAUUUAAGGAACUAUAAAAUAAUUAGUUAAUUAUAGUUAGCUAGUCGCUACCAUACAUUAUAUUUCGAGGAUGCUAAAUAAAUUUAUUCAUUAGAUAUUAAAAUAAGGGUGCAAAUUUAGA